AUGGGUUUCGCAUCCGACUGGCUGGAAGCGGCGUUCGGACGCUGGACACAGCGAAGCGCAGCGGCUCGUGGCGCCACCAGGCGUCUGCUAUGCGUCCAUGGAUUCGGUGCCUUCGUCCGGGCGCUCGCUCACGCUCCCGAUCCUGUGGCCGCCAAAUGUGCUAUUCUGGCCCUUUGCACACUCUUCGUCCACAUAUUUAUACUGCUUCGACCACAACGGAUACGAUCGGCUCAGUUGUGUACGGCCUUCUUGCUGAUCGUCGACUGUCUCACUUCCAAACCCGGUCAUGAUGCAUUAUUCCCGGGAAUUCUGGCUACAUUCGCUAUUUACACUUUGCUCACACUACCGUUCUAUCUGAUUCUUACUGGGACCAUAUUAAUGUCUGUGUUUCAAACGACUAUUUUUGUACUUUUUGUACAACCACUGAGAACGAAUGAGGUACGUUAA